CAUUAUAAAUUGUUUUCAAUUUGACAUUCAACUAAUAUUUAACAGCUGUUAUCUAUUCAAUAUAUUCUUAUUCAAGUUAAGAGAAUGAUAGGAAUAAGAAGUUAUCAUACACGAUUAUUAACCCAGAGAUUUCAAAUGGUAUCCCGAUAUUCCUAUAAGCUUCAAAAUUCUCUUACCUUUAAAUAUAAACAUAUUGAAUCGGUAACUAAUAAUAUAUUAAUAUCUAAACCUUCUGAUAUUGAUUCAAAAUACCAUGAAUCUUUACAUUGGAGUAUUGAAAGAUAUUUGGUUAUGGCAUUAUAUGGUAUAUUUCCUGCUUCUUAUUUUAUAAGUCAUCCAUGUAUGGACUAUCUAUUGGCAUCUUCAAUUGUGUUGCAUGGACAUUGGGGAAUGGAGGUUGUUAUGAGCGAUUACGUCGAUAGAUGGGACAGGUAUAAUAGAUACAACUUUUUCGGGAAAAUGGCCAACAUGUCCGUUCUCUCCGUGUCCGCCACAACCCUAGGACUCUUGUUUUAUUUCAACUACACUGACGUUGGUUUGAUCAAGGCUAUAUCUCUCUUAUGGCAUUUAUAAUUUUUUUUUUAUUGUAUAGAUAUGAUUUCAAAAUUUAUGAUAAAUUUAAUUUGAAAUGAUACCUUUUACGAGAUAAAAUGCUAAUAUAUUUUUCUCUUCGGAGAAAAAAAAAUUAAUAAUAAUAUGCAAACGCUUGUUAACGCACAAAAAUUAACCAAGUUGUUUCAUUAUUUUUAAUUUAACUCCUUUUUUAUUUAUAUAAUCAAAACUGUAUUACUUUUUAGUUCUUGUCCACACUUCAUACAAUUUCUGCUUUUAAAAUUGCAAGCGUUUUAACCGCAGCGUUAAUCGAGUGUGUAUCAGGAACCUCGUAAACGUAAUUUUUCUCUAUUUAUAUACUUUUAAAAUGGCUACUUUUAUGAUU